AUGAAAACUUCUGACGAUAAUAUUUCAUUUUCUAAAGGGGGGGUUCCACCAACUUCCAAAGAAAUCAGCGUCCUCAAAGAUGAUUGCAAUAAAAAACAUAUUAUAAUUGUUGGAUUUGGGAUGGUUGGAUUCGCAUUUUUGGAGAAGAUGUUAGUUGAUGACACGGCCGGAGAAUAUAGGUUGACAAUAAUUGGGGAUGAACCCCAUUUAGCCUAUAAUAGGGUCGGCUUGACAGAAUAUUUUGAGCAUCAAGAUUUUGAUAAGUUGUUACUUGCACCUCACUCGUUUUACGAUCAAAAAAAUGCAGAUACAUGCGAAUAUAGGGUUAAUCAAAAAGUAACCAAAAUCGAAAAGGAGCAUAAAUAUAUCGAAACAUCAAAUGCAAAAAGGUACCAUUAUGAUUAUUUGGUCCUUGCAACAGGAUCUUACGCAGUUUUACCCAUAGACUUAUUUCCCCGGUCUCAAAGCAACGAAUUCUGCGAUUUGAAGAGUUGCAGGAAAUUGGGCUGUUUUGUAUAUCGUACAAUUGAUGACUUGAACGCUAUGAUUUCUUUUAGUGAAACAAUCAGAUCAACAAUAAAGAAACCAGUACUAAAAAGAGCAGUUAUUGUUGGUGGUGGAUUAUUAGGUCUCGAAGCUGCGAAAGCAUUACUAGAUAUGGAAUGCUAUGAUGAAGUAACAAUAGUUCACAGGUCAAAGUGGUUAUUAUCACAGCAAUUAGAUGAGAAAGGUGGUAAUUUAUUAACUGAACGAAUUGCGGAAAUGGGUGUCAAGUUAAGAACAGACACCACCAUUAAUAAAUUACAAUACGAUCAUUGCACGCUGUCGUUUGAAGUGCAAUACAAUAAUGGUGACGUAGAAAUUUGCCAAUUGUUAUGUUAUACUAUUGGGAUUAAACCGCAAGAUAUAUUGGCCAGAAGCUCAGGUUUGAAAGUUGCCAAAAAAGGAGGUAUCGAAGUUGACAAUUUUAUGAAAACCUCGAACCGCUACAUCUAUGCGAUAGGUGAGUGCGCAUCAUGGAAUAAUCAAACAUUUGGUUUGAUAGCACCCGGAGUCAUGAUGGCAGACAUUUUGUCAUUCAACCUCAUUCAGGCUAAAUACCAUUCUGAACGUCAGUUCACAAAGCCUGAUAUAGGAACUAGGUUGAAGCUUAUGGGAGUAAAUGUUGCGUCAUUCGGUGAUUAUUUUGCGGAUAAGAAUGGACCAAGUAGGUUACCCAAAGGGUAUAAAAUCAAAAAAGUCAAAUCUCUUGUCUAUGAUGAUCCAAUUGAAGCCAAUUACACUAAGCUUUUAUUGAGUUAUGAUGGGAAAUACUUACUUGGGGGAAUAUUGGUUGGUGAUACCACUCAAUUUACCAAAUUGGCAUCUAUUACUAAAAGUGGGAAACCAUUGGAAAAACCUGCAUCAACCUUUAUCAUUGGGCAAUCCAACUCAGAAAACAAUGAUGUUGAUGACUUACCUGAUGAUACCCAAGUAUGUUCUUGUCAUAAUGUUACGAAAGGAAAAUUAAUUGAAAAAAUUAAAAGUGGAACAUGCAACUCGCUUGGAGAAUUAAAGUCCUGCACCAAAGCUGGAACAGCUUGUGGUGGAUGUGAACCUACAAUAAAGGUCAUACUUGAUACGGAGAUGAAAAAAAUGGGUAAGAAUAUUUCAAAGGCGUUAUGUAUACAUUAUAAAGAAUCAAGACAAGAUUUAUUUUCCCUAAUUAUGGUUAAGAGAUAUAAGUCGUUUAAAGAGGUUAUGUCCCAUUUAGGUGUUGAUCCGUGCGCUCUUGGCUGCGAAAUAUGUAAACCGACAAUUGCAUCCAUCUUGGCGACAUUAUUCAAUCGUCAUAUUUUAGAAACGAAUUUGCAUGGGCUACAGGAUACGAAUGACAAAUAUUUAGGAAAUAUCCAAAGAAAUGGUACUUAUUCAAUAGUUCCUCGGAUGAGUGCAGGAGAGGUCACCCCUGAAAAAUUGGUCGCUAUAGGUGAAAUUGCUCGUAAGUAUGAUUUAUACACGAAAAUCACUGGUGCUCAAAGGGUGGACUUAUUCGGGGCUUCAAAAAGCGACCUACCUAAGAUCUGGGAAGAAUUGGGAAAAUAUGGCUUUGAAUCUGGUCAGGCUUAUGGUAAAAGUUUAAGGAACGUUAAAUCAUGUGUUGGGUCUACAUGGUGCCGUUAUGGUAUUGGUGAUUCAGUUGGUCUUGCAUUACGUUUAGAAGAAAGGUACAAGGGUAUAAGGUCUCCUCAUAAAAUGAAAGGUGGAGUGUCUGGAUGCGUUCGUGAUUGUGCAGAAUUCCACUCGAAAGAUUUCGGAUUAUGUGCUGUUCAAAAUGGAUUUAAUCUUUACGUGGGUGGUAACGGAGGCAUGAAACCAGCACAUGCACAACUACUAAAAGCAGAUGUUCCACCAGAUCAGGUUAUCCCAUUAUUAGACAGAUAUUUAAUGUUCUAUUUUAGAACCGCAGAUCGUUUACAAAGAACCGCAAGAUGGUUGGAGAAUUUAGAUGGAGGAAUCGAAUAUUUGCGAGAAGUCGUUGUGUAUGAUAAGUUGGGAAUUGCCAUGGAAUUGGAAAAACAAAUGAACCAGCUAGUCAGUCAGUACUUCGAUGAGUGGGCUGCUGCCGUUGAUUCUUAUAAGUAUAGCAAUAUUUUCAAGCAGUUUGUUAAUACCGAUAAGGCACAGGAGACAGUAGAAAUUAUUAGAGAUAGAGGUCAACGACGUCCCGUAGACUGGCCGGAAUAUGAAGUUACGAAGGAGGUCUUCAAGGAUACCAAGUGGUCUUCAUUAUCCUGGGUCAAAGUUUGUCAAUCCAAAGAAUUACCCAAUUCAGAAGCAGGAUCAUCCGCUAAUGUAUUAAUAUCUGAUACCCAAAUAGCGGUAUACAGACUUAAUGGUAAAUUAUUUGCAUCGCAAAAUAUGUGCGGUCAUAAAAGGGCAUUUGUUUUAUCCCAGGGCAUCUUGUCAAUGGACGGUAACAAGAAUACUUAUAUUUCCUGUCCUUUGCACAAGAAGAAUUAUAUAAUUGAUAAGGCAAGUGAUAAGGCAGGUUCGUGCACAAAUGAUGCAUCACAAUCAGUGGCACUAUUUGAUGUGAUGGAAUCAAAUGGUGAAGUAUUUGUCAAACUACCUCCCAUAGAAGAAUUGGAUAAAGUUCUUGGGACUUCAAGAUGGAAGGUCAGAAAACAAGAAAGUGAGAGUAAUGGUUCAAUAGCUACAUAUAAAAAUAUCGAUGAAGCCUUUAACAUUAAGGUACCAAUAAGGAAACCAAUUCCCUCAGUAGGAUGUUCAGGAGGACCAGAAUUGGACUGGUAA